CGCGCUCUCGCCUUUCCGUCGGUGCGCGCGUGCGUGUGCGUGUGUGUGUGUGAGCGGCAGCGCUUCGGCCGGCGCUCCUCUUCCCUCAUCUCACCUUCCCUCCUCCCUCCCUCUCUCUCCUUCCGAGCCAUGUUCAGAGCCGCCCUGAGGUGCACGUCCACCGGCCUGGGGGUCUGGAGACGGGCGGCGGUGGUGGCGGCGGCGGCGGCGGGCAGACGGCAGGCGCCGACAGUUGCCCUUGCUUCUCGCUGGUAUUCACAUGGCAGAGAGGAGACUGAUGAAGAGUUUGAUGCUCGUUGGGUGACAUACUUCAAUAAGCCUGAUAUUGAUGCCUGGGAACUAAGAAAAGGAAUGAACACCUUAAUUGGAUACGAUCUCGUACCUGAGCCUAAAAUCCUUGACGCAGCUUUGAGGGCAUGUCGUAGAUUAAAUGAUCUAGCCAGUGCAAUCCGUAUCCUAGAAGCAGUGAAGGACAAAGCUGGCCCUCACAAGGAUAUUUACCCUUAUGUGAUUCAGGAACUUAGGCCCACAUUGGAUGAGUUGGGAAUCUCUACCCCAGAGGAGCUCGGUUUAGACAAAUUAUAAAUCCAAUACUUGAUAGUUUUCUGAAGAUCUUCUGAAGUGAUUCUACAUUCUCCAAGAUGUGGCAUAAAAUGUGUAUUCAAAAUUUGUCUUUAUUCAGUUGUAUGUAUUAUGUCUAUCCUUGAGAUCAAUUCAAUAAAGAGACAAAACUUCAGAUUA